AUGAACUCGAAUCUUGCGGCCUCCAGCGUCAAGGAAGAUCCGAACUUUGACAUGAUGAAAUACGGGCCGUCGCCAAUUAGUGCUCCUUCGGACAUUAUAUUCAACUCUCUCUGGAACACCUGUGGUGGCUUUCCCGAGAUGACUUAUGCCCCAGGCGAGUACCUGAACAACAAGGGCGAGUCCUACGAUUGCUAUACAGACUCGCAAAAUGUCGGUGGCAACGAAUUCGUGGAAUGGUCCAGCAACACUUCCAGCAUAUUGAACUCGCCCAUCACAGGAGCACCAAGCGAGGCUUCUUACAACGACUUUUUGUCACCCACAGCGCUCGGAAACACUCCUCCCUGGCACACGGAUUCAUUCGACCAGCGAACCUCCUUUGCCGCAGCAGAUGACACCGUCCCCUCGUCAGCAGCAUCAGGCCGAGCCUCCAUGCAGCAGCCCAUGUCGCCCAUCGCCAGCAAGACCAAAGUGUCCAAGCGAAAGGCAAAGAGUCUUUCUAAAUCCCUUUCUCGAACCGAUACCAAGUCCAAAUCCAUUUCAUCCGCUAGCUCCUCGUCCUCCUCGUCCUCCAUAGCUUCCAACCGAUGCUCAAACAGUGGCCAUGGCGGCAACCACAAUAUCACACUCCGCACAGCGAGCCGCAAGCCGAAGCUGAGCACACGGCCCGAAGACAAUGGCUGCAACUCGCGCGACUCCUCCCCAUGCUCCCCCGAUGGCGGGGGCGACAGUCUGACGUCCGAAGAGCGUCGUGCUCGCCAGAACCACAAUGUUGUCGAGAAGCAGUACCGAAAUCGGCUCAACAUCCAGUUCGAACGACUUCUUGCCAUCCUUCCCGCCAACCAGACCGACAGCGACGGCGCCUCGCGUCACGGAGAGUUUGAUGACCGCCGCAUGAGCAAGGCCGAGGUUCUCGACAUGGCUCGACGCCGAAUCCACUCAUUGGAGCAGGAGCGAAAGCAGCUGCACGCCGAGCGCGAGGCACUACUGGAGAACGUGAACAUAAUGCAGCACGCCUCUCAACGCCGGCGCCUGGGCAUGAUGGGUAACGCAUCCUGA